UGUAAGCUGUGUAAGUCAAUGUGAGUGGUCUCGGAUAUUUCAUAUAUUUGCCUCUCUUUUCUUCCAUAUCCUUCGUAAAAUGGCCCCGCCGAAAGCUAAGGCUGCUGAGAAAUCAGCUGGUAAACCCGCUGAUAAAAAAACAGAAAAAAAAGCUGAAAAAAAACCAGCACCAGCUGCAGCAAAGGUUACCAAACCAGCAGCAAAACCAGCAGCUAAAAAAACAGCUCCAGCUAAACCAGCACAAAAAGCAGCAGCAAAGACUGUUAAAGCAACAACUAAACCAGUUACUGCUAAACCAGUCACUGCUAAACCAAAAGUGCAAAAAAAUGUUGCACCAGCCAAGAAAGGUGCAGCCAAAAACAAAGCUGCUGCAUUAUUGCAAAAAGCUUUGAAGACCCAAAAGAAGGUCUUGAAAGGUAUCCAUGGAACCAGGGUGAGGAAAAUCCGCACAUCAGUGCAUUUCCACAGACCAAAGACCUUCCGUCCACCAAGAAAUCCAAAAUACCCACGUAAAUCUGUUCCAAACAGAAAUCGUAUGGAUGCUUACAACAUCAUCAAAUUCCCAUUGACAACUGAAGCAGCCAUGAAAAAAAUUGAAGACAACAACACACUUGUCUUUAUUGUGCACACUCGUGCCAAUAAAUAUCAUGUCAGAGCAUCAGUCAAGAAAUUGUAUGAUGUUGAUGUUGCCAAGGUUAACACCCUCAUCAGACCUGAUGGCAAAAAGAAGGCCUAUGUACGUCUUACAAGUGAUUAUGAUGCACUUGAUGUUGCCAACAAAAUUGGAAUCAUAUAAACAAUUCAUUUUAUUAUAAUGUUUACAAAUAAAAAAAAUUAUAAAAAAAUUAUUUGGUUGAUUAUCAAUAAAUGUCAUCAUGUCAUCAACUA